AUGAACCAACAACCGCAAGCCCGCGCGCUGCCCAGCUUCUCCGGGCUGUCCUCGGCCGUCAAUGACGCGCGGGACUACGAGAACAGUCGGGGGUCGAGAAACGGCUCCGAGGUACAGCAGCAGCAGGACAACAACAGCAGCGCCGCCUCCAACAGCAACAACAAUGUCGCCACCGGCAUCAGCAGCAGGCGCGGCCGACAUGCGUCUCCCACGUCGGAGACUCCCGCGAAUGGGUUCGACGGCGGCGGCAGGAACCUGUCCGGCUCCGGCGGCGGCGGCGGGGUGCCCAGCAGCAGCAAGGCGAGCGGAGCCACGGGCGCCCUGCUGCUGCAGGAUACCUUGUCGCCUCUGCUCGAAGAGGUCGACGCGCUGUUCGAGCGGAGCAAGGACAUCGUCGCUAGCCUCAAGGCGCCCGGCGGGGGAAACAAGCCGCAGGAGGACGAUGUGGAGGUGGAGAUCAUGGAGAGGAUGGCAGAGGCGUGGCAGGCCAUCGAGGCCAAGAACGCUAGACACGACACGUCUCACAAGCUUCACAGAGAGAAGCCAAUGUUCUGCAUGGACAGCCUGGGGAAGCGGAUAAAGGCGGCGCUUCUUUGCAAGACCCUUCCACCGAACGACAACCCUGCCGUGUACGUGAAUGGCUCUAGCAACGCCCCGAGCCGCAACCUCGUAACGGCCAUCAAGCUGGCCGGCUACGUGGUGCACUGCGGGACGGGGGGCAAGGUGUCGGCGGUGGACGGUGAUGGCCGCGAGCCCCCGUCCAAGUACACCAAGGAAGAGUUCCACAACAACGUCCUGCCAAGGGCAGCGGAGAACCAGCCUCCACGCAUCUUGAACGAGCUGAGGCAGCUGUCGUGCCGCCUCGUGGCGAGCGGCAUCGCCAAGGGCCUGCUGAAGCAGGAGGAUCUGCCGGAGAUCCGCAAGAUCCUCAUCAGCCGCUUUGAGGACGGCGGGAUGCACUUCCUGGCCGGCGGCGAUGCAGCUUUCGCGCGAUUCAUCGGGGUGACGGCCAACGCUCACAAGUUGCUCGAGCGGGGCGACAUCGACGACUUCGUGGCCUUCCACGAGCGGGUGGUGAAGCUCGUGGGCAUGUGUCGCAACAGGGUUCGCCGCGCCGCGUAUGCGACGUCGAAGAGCAUGCUGCCGCGGCGCCAGGUGGUGCGGCGGUGA